CUUAGGUGACAUAUUUUUCUUCCUUGUGCAUCAGCUGAUUUCUGUAAUCAAUAUUAGAAGUGUUACACUAUUUGAAAUUUUGUUAGGUAUCCAAUAUGAAUUUUAAUGUUGAUAUAAAGAAAAUGGUGAGAGAUGCGGGGACGGUUGUGAACAGGGUUGUUCAAAUGACUGGAGAAAAACUUGGCACUUCAGAGAAAACAGAACUUGAUGCACAUUUUGAAAAUUUGGCUGAGCGUUCUGACACAACGAAACUCUGGACUGAAAAAUUACUAAAAGAUACAGAAUCAGUUUUAACUCCAAAUCCUGGUAACAGAGUAGAAGAUUUUUUAUUUGAAAAAAUUGAGAAGAAGCGGCCUAAUAGACUUAGUAAUUUAGAAUAUCUUGGGCAAGAUAUGAUCGAGGCUGGAAAUGAAUUCGGGCCUGGGACAGCAUAUGGAGGUGCUCUGUUAAAAGUUGGCCAGUGUGAACAUAAACUGGGAAAAAUCGAGCGAGAAUUUAUUUCUAAUGCAAAUUCUUGUUUUCUCACACCUCUAAGGAAAUAUUUGGAUGGAGAAAUGAAAACAAUAACGAAUGAAAGGGGUAUUUUGGAGAGCAAAAGGUUAGAUUUGGACGCGUGCAAGAACAGGGUUCGAAAAGCAAGAAGCAUGAUUGGACAGCCUACGGCUGAAAGAGACUUGCGGACUGCUCAGUCUGAAUUCGAUAGGCAAGUUGAAAUAACUAAGCUACUUCUGGAGAGCGUUUCUUCAUCUCAUGCAUCUCACCUGCGAUGCCUUAACGAUUUUGUUGAUGCUCAACUGCUUUACUAUCAGCAGUGCGUUUCGACUGUCCAAGAGUUAAAGAAUGAACUAAAUAAUAUGUGCUCAAACGGAGGUAAAAAGUUGCAGCAAGCUAAAGUUCUUUGUGGUUACAAUGCUAGAGGUCCACAAGAAAUAUCAUUAAUAGCUGAUGAGAUAGUUGCAAUUGAGAAAAUUUCCGAUAACGAACCAGAUUUCGUGCUAGCUCAUAGAGGAGAACUGGUAGGACGUGUGCCGCUGGCAUACUUAGAGGUGCUUCCAUAACCUCCUUAAAAAAACUAAAUUAUUAACAUCUAGCUAUAUUGAAAGACUGCGCCUUUCUAGAAUAUCUAUGCUUUAAAUUAAAAGAAAAAAAUAUAUAUUAUCACAAUUAUUAGGUAGAGAUUACUGUAAAUCGAACUAUAACUUUUAAGAUCUGAUUAAAAGUAUAAAUAAUUUUCGCUUAGUUAUAAAAUUAAUAAUAAAAAAAUUUAAUGUAAAAUUAAUUGAUUAAAAAAAUUUCAUUCACCUUUUGGUAUUGCCACCUUAAAGGCGAUUCAAAGUUAGGCCUAAAUCAUCAGUUUAACAGCUGAUUUUUAUGGAUUAUAGCAAUUUGACUUCAGUCUCUCUUUUUUUUUUUCUCUAAUAUUUUAUAAUUCAUUUAAAUGUUUUUCUAUAUUCUGGCUUAGUAUAAUGUUUUGUAAAUAUGAUUAUUUUUUAAGUGCCAUUACGUGGUCAUGUAAGUACUUAGCAUGAACAUAUAGAUGACUAAGAAGUGAUUCCUCGUAUCCGCCAUUAUAAUCUUAUUAUAACAAUGAUUAAUGUAGUCAUGAUUUUUCAUAGAAAAGAAGAAAAAAAGUUUAAUGGAUUUACCAGUAAUGAGGUUCCACUUUUUAGUCAUAGAGAUAUAUUUAAAUAGUUGCAUUUCCUUCACAUUCCAUUUUCAAGUUUAUGUACAGUUAAUUAUUUAAUGUUUAUAUCAUUAUUGUUAUUUUCGAUUAAGAAAUAUUUUGUAAGCUAUUUUAAAGACAUUAUUGUUAUUAAAGUUCGAAUGUCUUCUAGUUGUUAUAUUAAAUAGUGUAAUUUUGUUAGCACCUUUGUAAAUCUUGAGUAAUACUAUAAUAAAGUCAAGCUUUUUUAUAAUUUAUUUAAUA